CAGCUGUCAGUGUUAAAUAAAUAUCCUGGAUAAUGUGCAGGACAGAAAUAACUACAGCAUCGUCAAACUCCUUUCUUCACUUUAUUUAGCUGUUCUUGCAUGUAACUCCCAAUCUUUGCACUGCUUCAGUUAGUGGAGCAUUUAUUUUUGAGUCGGCUGCAUUUGUUAAGACUGUAACAACGAAAGGCAUUUCCUGAGAAGCUGCAAGGAUGAGCAGCAAGAAAGAACAACAGCUAAGGAAAUAUGGGACCCUAGUAGUGCUUUUUAUUUUCCAAGUUCAGAUUUUUGGUUUUGAUGUUGACAAUCGACCUACAACAGAUGUCUGCUCGACACACACAAUUUUACCUGGACCAAAAGGGGAUGAAGGUGAAAAAGGAGAUAGAGGAGAAGUGGGCAAACAAGGAAAGGUUGGACCAAAAGGACCAAAAGGAAACAAGGGACCUGUGGGGGAUGUUGGUGACCAGGGAAUGCUUGGGAAAAUCGGCCCAAUUGGUGGAAAGGGUGACAAAGGAGCCAAAGGCUUAUUGGGAGUUUCUGGAAAAAAGGGAAAAGCAGGCACAGUCUGUGACUGUGGAAGAUACCGCAGAGUUGUUGGACAGCUGAAUAUCAAUGUUGCUCGUCUUAACACAUCCAUCAAGUUUGUAAAGAACGUUAUAGCAGGCAUCAGGGAGACAGACGAGAAAUUUUAUUACAUCGUGAAAGAAGAGAAGAAUUACAGAGAAGCCUUGAUCCACUGCAGGGACAGAGGAGGAACACUGGCCAUGCCUAAAGAUGAGGCAACCAACGCCCUGAUUGCUGACUACAUCUCCAACAGCGGCCUCUUCCGAGCCUUCAUUGGGCUGAACGACAUGGAAAAAGAAGGACAGUUUGUGUACGCAGACAGUAGCCCACUGCAGAACUACAGUAACUGGAAGGAAGGGGAGCCUCACGACCCAGCUGGCCGCGAGGACUGUGUGGAAAUGCUCAGCACAGGAGAGUGGAACGACUCUGAGUGCCAAGUCACCAUCUACUUUGUCUGUGAAUUCCUCAAGAAGAGGAAAUAAAAGUGCUGUAGAAGGUGCCUGGCACCUGCUGUACAUACAAUAACGUCUCCUCAUUCAUCCACUGUAGGGAGAGUAGACAAUCAGGGAUAGGGCUCAAUCCAGCCUUCACCUCACUGGGUUAAGCGAGAGUAACUACUGUUAAGAUGACAGCGACCAUAAAGUCAGCACAGGUCUGCAGGGGGCAUCCAGCCAGUUGUGAAUUUUUAUUUCAUUUUUAUGUGCAAUUUAGGGUGGGCAUUUCUAUAUGUAAUUUAGGGGCAAAUUUAGAGCACGCAGAGGUGAAUAUGAUUUCACUAAUGCCAGAAAUAGUAAACUCACUAGUAUAUGAAUUACUGAUGUGCUUCACAAAGUCCACAGAUGGAAAGAGUGUGAUCUGUACUCAUCUCUGACCUUCACAGGAAGUCCCAGUAAUUUCCCUGUGACUUCAGAGCUGGGAGAACAGAUUUGCAGUUUCUCUUGAAAAAAUCCUUGUUUUGUUAGAAUCAUAGAGUAAUUUAAGUUGGAAGGGAUCAUCCAGUUGAAUCUUCCACGGAAAGCAGGGCCAACUUAAACUUAGAUUAGAAGUUGUUAUACUCCAUUUAAUUUGGCUUUGCAAUUAUAUUGUCUGAUAUGCAGGGGAGGACUUGUUUAUCUCUGCUUCCAACUCUAUUAUCCAUCAGGCUGGUCUGAGGUAUGAGGAAUUAACUUAGCAACAACACUUCCGCAUGCAAGCCUGCACAGCUUGUAGGCAACCUGAGAAUAGAUGGAGCAGUUCUAGUCUCUGAUGUCCCCCAAAAUCUGUGAAAAACAUAGAAAAGUCUAGCACAAAGAGUACAGUGCAAAGGAAGCAAAACCAUUGCUGUAGGCUGUAAACAGGCACAUGUAGUAUCAGCUAUACCAACGUGCAUUGCUGGUUCAACAAGUGAUUCUAGGAACAUGUUAACUCCCUAACUAAGUAGCCAGUGAUGUUUGAUGCCUAAUGCUAAAAUCACCCACACCUUUGCAACACAGGAAGCAGCUAUAGAACAGGCUUUAUUCCCCAAGAACCCAGAUUCAGGUGUGGUUGAGCAACUUAGUCAUGCACUUCAGCAGGGCUUUCCACAAAUUAUGAGCAGUAAGUGUGAAGACUUUGUUGUCAGCGCCAGGCUACUCAGAUCUCCAUGUCAGUAUGCCCACAAUGGAUCACAUUUUCAUAUCUUUGAUAACACUGAAGGAGCUAUUUUCUUCAGACACGGCAACUACUUUGCCUUCAGAAGUGAGCCUGUUCUUAGUCAUGGUUCAUCUUUCCUCACAGCAGGAGAUGUCAAGAGAAACCCCAGGGCCCCUGCAAUGAAGGUCUAUAGAUUUUCUUUCCCAGUUGACACUAAAAAUGAAGGAAUGCUAUCUGGAGGCUAAGGAGAAUGCUAGACACUAGGCACAGUGCAGCAAUGUACCUGCAAGUCACUGAGCACCGGUUGCACAUAGCCUUCCUCUGGGUGUAUGAAGAGCUGGACAUGCCAUCAGCUAGUAAUACAGAGGGUCAGCUCCAAGUCUCCCUUCUACUGCUGUGUACAGCACUGCAAAGGCAACUAGACAACAGUCAUACUUCUGCAACCUCACCCUCAACAGGAAAAUCCUCUAAACCAUUUAGCUGGUUGUUAGACUCCAAGCUCAUCUCUGAGCAAUGACCAACGCACGAGCAACGCAGGAGACUGUGACUCAGAACCACUCUUGUAAUCCAGUUUUACUGCCACUUGUUCCUCCAGAAAACGACCUGUUGCUACCAGCAGUAAAUUAGCUGUGUUGCUACACACCCUUCAGGGAACUACUCAGACCUGUGAAUGAAGGGGUGGGACCACAUUUCUUUUCAUUGCUCCCCUACUAUGCUAUGAGAGUAUUUGGCCAAACAGGUUCACUUAGCACAAUAUAACUCAUCCUGAAUUGUUCCCUUCCUGGGAAUCCAUAUUCUGCCAAAUUAAGGAGAAUUACACUUUUUAGGAUCUAUAGUAAUAAACUCAUUAAGCUAAA